AUGGACGUAGUAGUAUCCAUGUUUGCAGUGCACAAGUUGUUGUUGUUCUUGCGCUUAUCUCUUUCAGGCAAAAGUAAUAACACUUUUGAUGACAGUGACGUCUCUAGUAUUGAUGAGCCGUAUGCAGAUUCAGGUUCCAGUUACGUUCCUUUUGAUAUGGAAGAUUCAUCAAGUGAAAAAAGUACAAUUGAAAAUGAAAUUGUAUUGGUGACUGAUGAGAAUUUACAAAGCAAGUUUCAGUCUAACGAUAUUGCGAAUCCUGGAAAAAUUCUAAGAAGUAUGAAACGUGGUGCUCGCCGAAAAUUGGCAGAUAAAAGUCAGUGGCAACGUAAUAUAAAAAAAAAUUACAAAAUAGUGAACGUGUUGAAAUUGAAAAUUAAGGUUAAUAAUUCUUGGAGAAACAGAGAGCGGUCAAAUUGA